AGCGGAUGGAUGUGCUGAACGAGCAUUUAUCAAGAUGUUCUUGAAACUUUCCUUGCGAUACCAUUUUACAUUCGCCGCGCCGUUGAACAGUCUGAUCUGUACGUUGAGCAGCCGAAAACACUCAUCCAUCUCGGAUUGUGUUGAAUGGCCAUUAGACAGUGGACGGAUGAAUAAUCGGUCGACACUCGUUUUCCGAACUUCAUUCUCUCUGCAGAAUUCCUUUUCUCCCCAAGGUCUCUACUAAUGUGUUUCUCGUAAAUUAGACCUCUUGCUGUUGUCUUGUAGCUUGUAGCUUCCUGC